CGCUCCGUAUCCCUUUGUUUAUCAACUGCAUUUACUAAAAUUACUGCAGCUUUUCUAUCGAGAGUCGUUGUAGAUUCUCAUUAAGGUGCUGAAAACAGUUGUGUUGUAGUGUUUUUCGCGUGACCCGUCCCGCUUCGCCGGUUCUCGCCGCCGAGAUGGAAGUGGAGCCAAUCGCUUCCGAGUCGGAAAACGUGGCGGUGGAUGAAACUGUGAAGCCGGUCGACGAUCAAGGCGCCGGCGACGCCGCAACUUCGCACUCUGAGCGUUUGCGCCGCAAAAACAAGAAAUAUGUCCGCAGUAAUAGCAAGGACGGCGGCGUGAGCGCCCCAACCCCUUUACCGAAAUACCGCAGCUGGAAAAACAGCCGCCGACCACGUAAUGGGCACGGCAGGGGCUUGCCAAAGAAAGGUGGCGCCGGCGGCAAAGGAGUGUGGGGAGCGCCCGGUUCGGAGCUCCUCGAGGAGUACGUCGAGGAUGCAAACGACCCCAACUACGACUCUGAGGCAGUCAAUGGAGACGUCGAGUUUAAACAAGUUAUCGUCGAGCCGGAACCCGAGGAGAUCAUCCGCAAAGCUGAGCCAAUAAUCCUCGAGUACUUCGAGCAUGGAGACACAAACGCGGCGGCUGAGGACUUCCUCGAAUUCGUCUUGGGCAAGCGCAGCCAUCUGGUAUGCGAAACAAUUAUAGAAAUAGCAUUGGACCAUAAGCCGUCGCACUGCGAAAUGGCCUCCGUCCUUAUCUCAGACCUGUACGGCAGGGUCUUCUCCGCCAAUGACAUUGCAUUGGCGUUUGAGCGGUUACUAGAAAAACUGCCAGAUUUAAUGUUGGACACACCCGAUGCGCCGAUCCUGCUGUCCAAUUUCAUCGCGCGAUGCGUCGCCGAUGAUUGCCUGCCGCCGCGAUUCGUGCAGACGCAAAACGAGAUGGAGCUGAAUCCACCUGCAAAACAAGCUAUCCACCGCGCGGAGACGCUAUUGUCUAUGAAGCAAGGGCUCGUGCGGCUCGAUAACAUCUGGGGAGUCGGCGGUGGAAUCAGGCCAGUAAAGUCACUCAUCAGGCAGAUUCAACUUUUACUGAAGGAAUACCUGACAAGUGGCGACCUGGCCGAGGCCAUGCGUUGCGUACGGGAGCUCGAAGUGCCGCAUUUUCAUCAUGAGCUUGUGUAUGAGACGGUGUUGCUAGCAGUGGAGGCAAUAAAUUCUUCUGUGGAGGAGCAGCUGUGCACGUUCCUCGCAGAGUUGCGUCGCUGUCUCAUCGUCUCGCCCGACCAGAUGGACAGGGGCUUUCUCCGCGUUCUAGAAGACAUGAACGACAUAGUACUGGACGUGCCGCUGGCGUAUAUUAUGCUGGACCGCUUCAUGGAGCGCUGCCAGCACAAGUUCCGCCUUGGCGAAAUCGUUCUCAAGCGUAUGCCUACGCGAGGUCGUAAACGCUUCGUAUCCGAAGGCGAUGGUGGCGCUAUCAAAGACCACGCGCUGAAAUUGCGCGAGUAGGACCGCACACGCACGCGCGACACGCUAUGGAACACUCGACCCUGGAAUCGGUGAGGGUGGAGAUUGAAGAGGGGGGGCAACCGUGAGUUUUAGAAGUGCUUUAUAUCUUAUAACAACAUGGAACGUACUUUCGGCCACAGUUAAAUCUGUACUGUCUCUAUUUGACGCUGCAAAUUCAAAAUGUAAAUGACUUAAGGUACAAUUUAUCAACGAAGAAUUUUGACAUAUUGUUUGUUGUCUUUCAAAUUGUGACCCACCGUUCAUUGUUAAAUCGUCAAAAGGUACAAACAUCACUUCCGACUAGCAAAGGUCAACAAGUGCCACGCCAAACGGUCACACGAGCUUUUGAUUGGACGCAGCUGAAUUACGUGCGCGUAAAUUGUGAUAAGUUGAAAAUUCAUUGCAUGAGUCAUAUCAGUAGUUUGACCGAGAUAGGCGAACGAUGGCGCGUUGUCUUUAGUAUUAUUAUCUUUCCAGUACAAUGUUGAUAAUUAAACUAUACUUUUACUGAUUACAUUCUGUCAAAAAUUUACAGUUUCCAAGCGUUUGACAGGUAAAUGGUAAAAUCAACGCAACGGCAAUAGUAAACUGAAAACCAAUAUAUUAAUACCAUAGCGCUAUCGCCUUAUCAUGAAAAAGGAACUGAUACUUAUAAAAUGGAUCAUAAUGGAAUAAAUAACACUUCUUGAUUGCACCAAUCACAGCAUGAUUAAAUCAGGCAUAUUAAGUGAUUGAUUUAAUCAUGUUCUGAUUGAUUCAAUUAAGAAGUGUGAUUGAUUCCAUUAAUAUCCAUUAAAAGUUAGGGUUUUUUUUAUUCAGAACACGUUGAUCGCGGGCUUCGCGUUCUAUGAUAGUCUGUGACAGUCACUCGCUCGUUUGCCGUAAAAAUUGCUGCAAGGGCGUGUCAUAAUAAAACUGAGGCUCAGUUUACAUUGCCAUGUGAACGAAAUGGAAGCCGAUUUUUUUAUUCUGUAAAAUGCUAACAACCUUGCAGGGCUAUUGUAACAUCAUGUACAACAAAUUUUGUCCUAUGACUUUUUACAAAACAUAAUAGAUUACACUUUUUAGAUCUGUUUUUCGUAGUAAAUUCGCGACGACCACUACUACCGCUCCUGCGUUAAGCAUCGGACUGGUGCUUUCUUUUGUUACCGCACAGAGUUACCACCGUUUAGAGCGAUCGAGUUUUAUAUGAACGUAAAAUCUAAUGAAUUAUUUAAAAACCAUGGAACAAAAGUUGUUGUUUAUGAUAGUAAUAUAGUCCUGGGAGGUUAUUAGUAUUUUACUACAAAUGGAUACUGAUAAGCAAUAACGUGUGCACUAACAUGAUCAUAGUUUUGCGAAAAUGUCACCUAAACACUUUUUCCUUGUUUUUGAUAGUUUGUUCUAAAAUUUACUUUAUGAUGAUUUGUUGAGAUUUAUUACUAUAAUGCCCCAACAACAACAAUAAGUACAAAGUUUUCAUUUUAUAAGUAAAUUUUAGAAUAAACCGUAGUUUCCACAAAGUGGUACAUACCGCCUCCCAGUGGGCGCUGAAGAGUCCUAGGGGGGCUAAGUGCCUCGAAAUCCAUUGGGGAUGUUGAUGCUGUCCAGAGGGUGACCCUACCGCAUUUGAAAAGAAAAACAUCAAUUAUCUAAACUUCACUGCACAAUACUUAUAUAAUAUUUUUUCCUUGUGAUUUGUUGUGUUACGUUAGUAUAAAACAUACGUGUUUUCAAUUAUUUUCCGUGGUGGUGGGAGCUGAAAUUUUUUUAUCUUGUGUAAGUGGGCCAAAAAAUUUGGGAAUUUAUGGAAUAAACUAUCAAAAACAAAGCGAAAAUAUUUAGAUACCAUCUUUUCAUAACUACAACGUUGUUAUUGCUUAUCUGCAUCCAAAUAACCUUGUGCACCAAUAUAAUAUCUGCGUACCGUUUUUGUUCUUAUGCGCAAGCAAUAAUGAGUAUAUAUCCGUCUAUGUACUUUUGUUAACGGAAAUGAUGUUUUUUUACAUUUCGACGUUGUAUCUAUUCAAACUUUACUACACGAUUUAGGAAAUUUGCAAUAAUACAUUUGUUACGCUCAUGUAAGUGUUAGUGAAUAUGUGUUAGAGUUUAUUUAAAUAAGAUUUUUUCAUCUUGUUAUUGAUAAUAAUCAAGCGUCUAAAAGUUAGUCUAACAUUUUUUACAUUACUUGGUGAACGCUAAAUAGGAAAUCUUUUUAUAACUCCAUAUCCUUUACAGUUAAACACA